ACGCUCUUACAGGCAUCUCUCGCGAUAUCACUCAAGAUAGGGCGAAGAAAGAUAAAAACAGUCCGCUGCGCGCGCGCCUCGCACUAUUUGUUUGAAAGUCGAAGUGUAGACAUUUGGUGACAUUUCAAAAUGGCGUCCAUACGUUUUUUAGUUAUCGCGGUUGUUCUAGGGGUCGUCUUAGCUGAUCUACCUUCUGAAGAGGAACUAAAGAAGAUGGGAGAUGCAGCUACGGAUGCGUGCAGGAACGAGAGUAAACAGUGCUUUAGAGUCUGCCAGUUCAAGAGUUUUGGAAUUUUGGAUAAAGAUGGCCGCUACGUGGAAAGUGAAGCACUGAAGGCGUUGACACUCUUGGUCUAUGACGGCAAGCUGAACCAAGAACAAGUUAAGAAAAUCGCUAAAAUCUGCAACUCCGUGAACGAGGACAUAAAGACGGGGUGCGAGCGCGGCGACCAGGUGUUCCAGUGCGUUGAUGAUGAAAAAUUCAAGAUCACUGGUAAACGUCUUUGAAUCCGGGCGAAUGGAGUGAACAAGAAUUAAUGGAAGAUCUUUUGUCAUUUUAUAUUAAUUAUUAAUUUGUAUAUCAGUACAGUAAUAUAAUAAAUAAUAAUAACUGUUAA